AAUAACGGCAUCUUGUGCCAAUUUCUUGAAAUGCACACUACUUUGUAGAAUGAUGAGGCUGAAAUAAGUGGCACCCUGGGGAAGCGCGAUCUACGUACACGAUACCUGACGCCAAAGACCCUGAAGUGACGUCAAAGACUCUCUCAUGACCGCAUCAUGGUGACAAUGGCAUCGCGAGGAACAAGUAAGGCGUAACGCGCAUUCCUCGAGCUACAAAACCAAUUGACAGCUUUCUUGUCAUUCAUCAUAAACAUACACGAUAAAAUCGCUGUUGAGCUUUCAAUUCACACGCAAUCGCACCUCAAGUAGCUCCAGGCACAACAGUCAUUUGACCGGAUUACGAACACGAAAGAAAGCCAGAUCACAAGAUGUCAGGCAAGAACGAGCAAGGAAAGAUCGACGUGACGCAGAAAAAUGUCUUCAACGCACCUCUUCACCAACACUCCUCGCCUGCCAAGACCCAAGUAACUGGCUACAGCUCCGGCAUGUGUUCCGGCGAAAUGCCUCUCGCCCUCAACCUCACAUCAAGCUUCCUUGACUGGUCGAAACAGCAGGGUACUGACCUGCGCAAGUCCGGGAUCAAGGAGGGCUCACGCCUUUGCGGAUACGUCAACACCUGGAAAGCGGCGGUCGAUGCGGGAAUCGACGACGUACCGAGGAUUAAGCUUGAAGCUACGCAUCAUCAUGCUUUGGAUAUCGUAGGCCUGGAUGUCCUGAAGAAGUACGCUGCGGAUCAGGAUAACAGGAGGGCGGAGAGCAGGGUAGUGAUGCCGAAGGAGGGCAAGCAGAGCAUUGCGAGGGAGAGCAAUCAGAUUGGUGGGAAGGAGCCUAAGGCUUAGAACAACCAGCUCAUUCGUCAUAUCGACGAAGGCAAAGCAUAAGCAGACCAAUAAGAUGUAAAGUACUGCUCACUCCGUUGCAAACCCAAAAGUCAACACGAGCCUGAUUCGAGCGACUUGUUUGUGAACACCGG